UGGCAGGACAGCGGGAUCCUGCAGCUGUCAGGGGAGGGGUGGCGGGGGCUGAUGUCAGGAGGCAUACAAAUAGUGCAGACGGCUGGGGGCCCUGUCUCCCCUCGCCGCAUCCACUCUUCGGCCGGCCGCCUGCCCGCCGCCUCCUCCGUGCGCCCGCCAGCCUCGCCCGCGCCGCCACCAUGAGCCAGGCCUACUCGUCCAGCCAGCGCGUGUCCUCCUACCGCCGCACCUUCGGCGGGGCUCCGGGCUUCCCGCUCGGCUCCCCGCUGAGCUCGCCCGUGUUCCCGCGGGCGGGCUUCGGCUCUAAGGGCUCCUCCAGCUCGGUGACGUCCCGCGUGUACCAGGUGUCGCGCACGUCGGGCGGGGCCGGGGGCCUGGGGUCGCUGCGGGCCAGCCGGCUGGGGACCACUCGCGCGCCCUCCUCCUAUGGCGCGGGCGAGCUGCUGGACUUCUCUCUGGCCGACGCGGUGAACCAGGAGUUUCUGACCACGCGCACCAACGAGAAAGUGGAGCUGCAGGAACUCAACGACCGCUUCGCCAACUACAUCGAGAAGGUGCGCUUCCUGGAGCAGCAGAACGCGGCGCUCGCAGCCGAGGUGAACCGGCUCAAGGGCCGCGAGCCGACGCGAGUGGCCGAGCUCUACGAGGAGGAGCUGCGCGAGCUGCGGCGCCAGGUGGAGGUGCUCACUAACCAGCGCGCCCGCGUCGACGUCGAGCGCGACAACCUGCUCGACGACCUGCAGCGGCUCAAGGCCAAGCUGCAGGAGGAGAUUCAGUUGAAAGAAGAAGCAGAGAACAAUUUGGCUGCCUUCCGAGCGGACGUGGAUGCAGCUACUCUAGCUCGCAUUGACCUGGAGCGCAGAAUCGAAUCUCUCAACGAGGAGAUCGCGUUCCUUAAGAAAGUGCACGAAGAGGAGAUCCGUGAGUUGCAGGCUCAGCUUCAGGAACAGCAGGUCCAGGUGGAGAUGGACAUGUCUAAGCCAGACCUCACUGCCGCCCUCAGGGACAUCCGGGCUCAGUAUGAGACUAUCGCGGCUAAGAACAUUUCUGAAGCUGAGGAGUGGUACAAAUCGAAGGUGUCAGACCUGACCCAGGCAGCCAACAAGAACAACGAUGCCCUGCGCCAGGCCAAGCAGGAGAUGAUGGAAUACCGACACCAGAUCCAGUCCUACACCUGCGAGAUUGAUGCCCUCAAGGGCACUAACGAUUCCCUGAUGAGGCAGAUGCGGGAACUGGAGGACCGAUUUGCCAGUGAGGCCAGUGGCUACCAGGACAACAUUGCGCGCCUGGAGGAGGAAAUCCGGCACCUCAAGGAUGAGAUGGCCCGCCACCUGCGCGAGUACCAGGACCUGCUCAAUGUGAAGAUGGCCCUGGAUGUGGAGAUCGCCACCUACCGGAAGCUGCUGGAGGGAGAGGAGAGCCGGAUCAAUCUCCCCAUCCAAACCUUCUCUGCCCUCAACUUCCGAGAAACCAGCCCUGAGCAAAGGGGUUCUGAGGUUCAUACCAAGAAGACGGUGAUGAUCAAGACCAUCGAGACACGGGAUGGGGAGGUUGUCAGUGAGGCCACACAGCAGCAGCAUGAAGUGCUCUAAAGACAGAGACCCUCUGCCAUCAGAGACCGUCCUCACCCCUGUACUCACUGCUCCCUGAAGCCAGCCUUCUUCCAUCCCAGGACACCACACCCAGCCUCAGUCCUCCCAUCACAGCCUCUGACCCCUCCUCACUGGCCAUCCCUCGUGGUCCCCAACAGGGACAUAUCCCAUCCCUGCCUGGUCACAGGGCAUGCCCCGGCCACCUCUGCGGGCCCCAACCAUGAGCCUUGGCUGUUGGCAGUGAGUGAGCCUGGCUCUUGUGCUGGAUGGAGCCCAGGCUGGAGCAGUGGCCCUGUCCCUCCCACCUCUAUGACCUCAGGCACUAGCCUCUGGCUCUGGAGAUAGCCCCAGAGCAGGGUAUUGGGAUACUGCAGGGCCAGGACUGAGCCCUGCAGACCUCCCCAGCUCCCAGCCCAGGAGAGAGAAAGCCAGGCAGGUAGCCAGGGGGACUAGCCCCUGUGGAGACUGGGGGGCUUGAAAUUGUCCCUGUGGUCUCUUAUUGUCCUUUCCCCAGCCCAGGGUGGACUUAGAAAGCAGGGGCUACAAGAAGGAAUCCCCGAAGGUGCUGGAGGUGGGAGCAGGAUAUUGAGAAGGAGAGAAAGUGGGUGAGAUGCUGGAGAAGAGAGGAGAGGAGAGAGGCAGAGAGCGGUCUCAGGCUGGUGGGAGGGGCGCCCACCUCCCCGCACCCUCCCCUUCCCUGCUACAGGGGCUCUGAAGAGAAACAAUAAAGAGAUUCGCACACAAGC